AGGUUUUGAGUUCGCACUAUCGACAUGGCGCAUUUCUCCUUUCUGUUGGUUGUCCCCUGUCUUUGUCUCCUCACAGAGAGAAGUGUAGGUAUUGGUUUCCAAGUGACAGAAGUAAACGCCCCCUGGGGACAGAUCAAGGGCGUGCAGAAGGUGUCUGUUGACGGUGUGCCUUACGCAAGUUUCGAAGGAGUGCCUUACGCAGAACCACCUCUCGGAAACUUACGGUUCGCCAAACCGGUUCUCUCGAAAAAGAAUAAUGGAUCCUCGCCGUAUCUCGCCUCCGCACCGAAGCCUAGAUGUGCAGGGUGGGACGUGACGUUCUCUGACAUGUCGGAGGACUGUCUCUUCUUGGAUAUCUACGUGCCACAGAUGACGUAGCCAAAGGUAACUGGGGUCUGUGGGACCAGAGGGCGGCGCUGCUGUGGCUCAAGGACAACAUCGGGGCGUUUGGCGGGGACCCCAACAACAUUAACAUCUUUGGCGAAUCGGCUGGAGCAGCCAGUGUCUCCUACCAACUGCUCUCUCCCCAAAGCAAAGAAAUUUGGAGACUUUUUCACCAAGCAACUACUGUUUGGGGAGCUUACCCAGCGUUAUGGUCACAGCACGCCCGAAGCAGAAGCAGUGGUCGACCAGUUCUACAGACAUGGAGCAGAUCUAUUGAGCUUAAUGGGUCUAAGGAUUGCUGAGGCCCACGGUGACCCAGGCUUCGUCAUGCCUUCGAUAGAGAAUGCACGUGCCAUCAGCGACGCUCAGCAGUCGAUCUCUGGAGGCGGCAAAACAUAUUUCUACUACUUCAACUACUGCCCGAGUUACACCGGACAGAUGUGCAUGAUGCAUGGAUGGGAUGUCGGUUUCCUCUUCCCGAAAGGCCACAUGGGCAACGCCGAGGAUGACAAGAUGUCUGGGAUCUACUCGCGCAUGGUGACUAGUUUUGCUUCCGCCGGGAGACCCGACGUUGGCCUGAAGUUGACCUGGCCGGUGUACUCCAAGAGUACCGGUGGUCAGUACGUGAUGCUGUCUAGCACCCCGCAAGUCCUCAGCAACCUGCUACCCAAGCGGACACAACUCUGGCUUGACACUCUAGACAGAAUGAUGGAAGAUGACGGCCCUUUGACGCAGACGCCCGUUGUAGGAUAGACCUCGUCAUGAAUCACUACUAUUGUAUCAGCAUGGUUGCUGCGUCGAUGGUAGUUGAACAGAUAUCUUAGCUUGCUUAAACUAGAACACGUGACUGUGUUUUUAUAAAUGUUUGAAGUUUG